UAUUUUAACACCACACGAAUCACUGGCCUCAGUUACUUUGCAGUGUUUUAACACACACACACACACAGCCCACAGUCUUCAGGAUGUACUUUUAAUCUGUCUAAAUGCCAAAUAGCGGCUGGUUCACGGGGGCGACACUUCAUCUUUCCGGAGGAAACGCAGAUUUAUCGCUACAUUGUUUACAUUUCAAAGAACGGUGAAGACGUUUCUCUACGACCCGCACGCGGUUCUUUGAUCUUAGUAAUGGCUGUGUGGUGUUUUAAAGCUCGUAGAUGUGUGAAUAGUGGCGGAUAGACCGGCAUGGCACGUCAGACAAAAACCCGUUCAUAAGAAUACAGGGAGAGUGACAAGGACGGGGAGAGGGAGAAAGAAAGGGGAGGGGAACUGACAUUAAAGCAACACAACAAGGAAACUACACUGCAGAGCCACAGACGCCUUCAUUUUAUGUUUUUGAAUAACAGCCGGAGCUAGUGUGGCGAAGUGUGUCUGUGAAAUCUGCCCGGAGCUCAAACCCCCGCACUGCCUCAAAGUGACCUGAAAAGGAGCAGCUUUUUGACCGAGUUGGAUUUUUUUAAAAGGCGCUCUCCGACGCUUUUCAGAGAUAUGGGCUCAGAGCCACCCAGCUCUCCACAGGUGGUGGAAGAUGGAGGAGAGGAGGAUGAGGAGGAGCUGAGCGGAGGGGAGGAGGCAGACCUGCGGUCCAGCUCAGGCCGGGGGUCCCUGCUGACCCGGAGAGGCAUCACCCUGAGGGUGCUGCUGAAGGACGGCCUGGUGGAGCCGGGGGACGGGGUGCUAGCCAUCCACUACCUGGGCAAGAACUUUGUCGGAGACCUGUUGAAUGAUGGGAAAAUCCGAUGGGUUGAGACAGGACAGAUUUUCAACUCCCCCAGCGCCUGGGCGACACACUGCAAACGUCUGGUCAACCCGGCCAAGAAGUCUGGCUGUGGCUGGGCAUCUGUACGCUACCGGGGACAGAAACUGGUCCAGUACAAAACCACCUGGCUGCACAAGUACCAGCCCAGCGCAGACAUGAGCCUGGUGAGUGAGGAGGAUGAUGAUGAGGAUGAAGAGGAAGGUAAGACGGCUGUGCAAGCAGAUGAGAAGAACAAGAACAUCAAACCUGGAUUAGAUGUAAUGGUUUCACGAAGAACUGACAGAGAGAGAAUUCCUGUCAGAUAUUGCAGCUUGGGCACCAGGGACGCUGCCAGAGAUCCGCACACACUGGUGGAGCUGUCGGCCUUCUCAGCCAUCAACAGAUUCCAGCCUUUCAAUGUAGCCGUGUCCAGUAACGUACUGCUGCUAAUGGACUUUCACUGUCACCUGACCACCAGUGAGGUGGUGGGAUACCUCGGAGGACGGUGGGAUACUAAUACACAACUGCUGACAGUCUUAAGGGCUUUCCCCUGUCGGACCAGGCUGGCAGACAAAGACUCUGCUUCUGCUGUCGAGGAGGAGAUCUGUCAGAACCUGUUUAUGCGCGGGCUGUCGUUGGUGGGCUGGUACCACAGUCACCCGCGAGGUCCGGCUCUGCCGUCGCUGCAGGACAUCGACUCCCAGAUGGACCACCAGCUGAGGCUGCAGGGGUCAAACAAUGGCUUCCAGCCCUGCCUGGGCAUCAUCUGUGGACCAUAUUAUCAUGGCAAUCAAGGUGUGGCGUCCACAAUAACUCCAUUCUGGGUUGUACCACCACCUGAGCAACGGCCUAAUGACUAUGGUAUCCCAGUGGCUGUAGAGGUCACCUACGUGCAGGACAACUUCCUCACCAGUGAUGUCCUUAAUGAGAUGAUGCUGCUGGUCGACUACUACAGGUCAGCUCCAGACCUUGUCCAGUUCAGCCAGUACUGGUGUCCUGAUACGACCAUGAUGGACAAGAUCAAGGGCUCUCUGAGCUGCCAUGCCCCCAAAGACCAGGCCUACUCUCAGAUCUUGGAGCAUGUCUACAGUCAGCUGAGCAACAUGCACUGAGUGGGAUCUGCUCUGCAUGCUUGCAUGCGGCUGCUCUCCAUCUCAAGUCGUCCGGUCUCCAAACACCUUUAGCGCACAGCUGACAGGUUCUGGUGUUGACGUGUGUACGAUGUAAAACCUGCUUGAAAAACAUGUAGAUGCCUUGAAUUCUCUCAUAUUUAAUUAUUAUGAGUUCAAACACAUUUAAUGAUUCUGAAGGUGCUAUAUGUGCGAUACUAGUUACACCAGGAGAAAAUCCACUUGAUACCCAAUAUCAGAUUAGAGUGUUAAAAAACAAUGUUUUCCUCAGUUGAAAUAUUGUGUGAAGGACAGUAAACAGAACUGUUUCACAGGCCAGACAUCAGCCUGUGGAUGAACGCUGGCCUCUUACCUUUUACUCAUGGACCUAUGUGCCUAUCUGCACCAGUAUCCUGCGGUAUGAGCAGAUAUUGCCAGAUACGUACAAUGUAAAGUUGUAGUAAUUGCCUUUAUAGACUAAACCAGGAAAAGUUAUUGGAAAAAAAUUAAGAAAACAGUAGUGCUAAAUAUAUUUUAGCAUACAACAUUAGCAAAGUAUGCAAAAAUGUCUUGGUUUGACCUACAGUAAACUAUACUCUGCAAUAGGUUUUGUGAAUGUUUGUGUUCCUCAAGUCAAAUUGAAAGGUUGCAGUGUGGUGCAAGUAAAUCCAUUUUGCCAAACAGUUUUUUUUUUUUUUUUUUAGAUUUUAUUAAUGAACCUGUGUGUGUGUGUGUGUGUCUGUGAGCUGUGUUGUGAAUGUGCCCCUCUACUGUUUCCCGGUCAGGUUACAUAAGACAAACGUCCUGUUGUUAGGACAGAUAUCUGCUUCCUCUUCACCUGUACUGUAUUUAUUACUAACUGUGGAUUGUGUGAUGUACAUGUAUGAAGAUGUAUGCCUUAAGCCUGCUGAUUGAUGAUCCACAAAUCAUUAAAAUAUACACACUGGAACUAUUUAAA